AUGUCCCUCGACCUCUCCAACCCCAACCGCACCAUCCACGCCGGCAUCAUCCUAAUGGGCGAAACCGAAAUCCUCGACGUAGCCCCCAUCGACUUCCUCCACAGCCUGAGCCCAAAGUUCAUCAACGUAAUGCCCAUUUCCGACGAGCUGAAAGCCAAAGCAAUUGACAUUGAUUUUCACUGGGUCACCGAGAAGGGCGAAGCCGGGAAGUUGACUGCUGGAAUAAGCUUGAACGCUACGGAUUCAUACGAGUCCUGCCCCCCGCUCGAUAUCGUCCUUAUCGGCGCGUACUUCCCAACGUACACGCCUAGCGAAGCUGAUCUCGCUUUCAUACGCAAGGCUUACAAUGACUGCUCCGCCUUCCUAACCAUCUGCGCGGGCAUGCUCCCCGCCCAAAUGGCCGGCAUCCUCGCAAACCACACCUGCACCGCACCCCGCUUCAUGCUGCCUAUGCUCCAGCAGCAAGACCCACGCACGAAAUGGGUGGAGAAACGCGCGCACCAUGAUGGUAAGUUGUGGACGAGCGGCGCGCUGCUGAACGGGCUGGAUAUGAUGCAGCUUUUCGUCAAAGCACACUGGCCGGAGCUAGCAGAGGUCGCGAUUCCGCUGGGUGGAUGGCCGGUGAGGAGCUUGGAUUAUGAUGCGCCUGAGAAGGGUCUUGAGGGGGAGAUUAAGUGGGGCGGUGUACCUUGA